AUGCCAUCAAACAAACGACAAUCACCAACUAGAAUCAGGCGAUCCAGAGUUACAAGAAGACCAACCUCCAGGACUACUCUGGUCAAUAGAGUUUCACAAACUCUUUUAAAUGAACUAAUUGACGAAGAUCAAAUCAUCAGUGAAAUAGUCAGGAGAGAUCGAAAAUUCAACAAGGGGGCAAAGCUAUCGGAUUGGUUUGGACUUUUUCACCUUUGGAAAAGAAGUUCAGAUGCAUUGGCCAAAGCCGACGACAAACGAAUACGAUGA